CUCCAUGGUGAGCAGGGAAAGGCUGAUUUGACGAAGCUCAGCUGUCUACAACAAGUGGUCUGUAAAAGUUGAGUGGAACAAGUGUCUACUCAUAGUGUCAGUCGUAAAAAGAAACGGAGAAUGGCAUCAAGCAAAAAAUUUUACUUGAAGAACUGGUGUGCUGUGUUCGCUAUUCUCGCUUUCAUCGGCAAUUGCUCGGCUGAUGACUAUUUUCCUUACGAAUCAGACGAGCUUCCUAGUUUGCAUAUAGAGCCUGUGAUAAAGCUGCUAAAUAAAAGACAGGUUGUGGACAUUACAGAGAGCACCAAAAAACCAGUUUUUAUGAAACGUCAAUCAAACUCAAGUCCAGGAAAUUCAACAAAUCAAAAAUUAGUUAAUGAUGCAAGUGAAGUUGCUGAUAUGCAACAAGGAAACAUUUCAGAAAGCAUUAACACAGACACAACAACAAUUCCUGCUCCAACUUCUACAGCAGCAUUUACAAUAUCACUCCAAACAGAAGAGCUACCAAAAGUAGACUACAAUGGUGAUAAUAUCACUGUAACAAAUGUUACCCAAGACUACCAUAAAUAUUAUAACAGCUCUACAUAUUCACAACAAGGAAUGCAAUUUUGGAUUGAUUUCGACAAAGAAAAUGCGUCAAUUCAUGACAUGCUCUCUCAGUCACACCGUCGUGCCGCUACAGUGGCGCUCUCGUUCGAUUUCCCCUUCUACGGACAUUGGGUGCGUAACAUAACCAUCGCCACUGGAGGUUUCCUGUAUACCGGGGACUACGUACACUCGUGGUUGGCUGCUACCCAAUACAUUGCUCCGCUGAUGGCAAAUUUCGACACCAGCAUGAGUAACUACUCCACUAUCAAGUAUAUGGACAAUGGCACGGCGUUUUCAGUUCAGUGGGACAAGGUAGCCCUCCAGGAUCGCCCCGAUGACGGGACCUUUUCAUUCCAGGCAACUUUAUUAAAAUCUGGUGAUAUUAUCUUCGCGUAUAAAGACAUUCCCAUUGCCGUCACGACAAUUGGCGAUGAAGCUCAUCCUGUCAAAGUGGGCGUUUCUGACGCUUACAUCAUUGACCGAACCAUCUUUUUUGUUCGCCGCAAGACAAUUUAUGAGUAUCAUAAGAUAGAUAAGAAAACAGAAGAAGUCACCAAUGGUUCAGCUAUCUAUUUCACCGCUCUGCCUACAUGCGUUGCAUUCAGUUCUUGCGAUACUUGCAUCUCAAAUACCAUUGGUUUUGAAUGUGUUUGGUGUUCCACAGCUGAGCGUUGCUCAGAUGGCAUGGACCGUUUUCGACAAGACUGGCUUGUAAAGGGUUGUGACAAGUUAUUCAUAGAUAACACAACAAUCUGUAGCCUACCUGUUAACAUCCCGUCAUCUACGGUGCCUCCACCAGCGGAAACCACAUUGCCUACUCCUGUGCCUACCAAAUUUCCACCUACUGCUACCACGGUUAUGUCAACUCCUAAACCUUGGGAUGAUUCCGAUCCAUCAGCCAGCCUUGUGACAAAUGUUCCCGUAGUAACCACUUCGACUUCUACUUCGUUAUCUCUUCCAAUUUCUGAAGCCCGAGCUAACACUAAUGAUGCCCUUGAAGAUGCCACUGCUUCCAAUGUUUCAUCUGUUGUUGGCAUCCUCUUCUUGGUCGCAAUAGUUCUAGGUCUAGGAGGGUGGAUAUUUUACGCUUAUAGAAACCCCCAUACAUCAUCAGGACAAUGCUUCAUUCGGUAUCGCCCUGCCCAGUGGAGAUGGAGAUCCGGAGAGGCUCACUACACCGCUGCUGCAAUUCAUAUGUAAAUGAAAACAUCGAGUCCUGCCUUGUACUAUACAGGUUGCCUUCAGAUUAUGCGCACCCAUUCACUGCUAGCCCCGACUUUCACCUGGGAUGUCUUAUGUCAGACGAACCAUUGCCAUCAGCGUUGGCAAUAAGAAGAACCCAAAUUAAUCAUCAUUUCCUUAUUUCACCCUGCCCUCCAUUGGAGUGUCGUGCAUGUUGUAAUUGUAUGCACACUAGACCUCUUUCGUUUUUUUCUAUUUUUAACACCGGCUGGUUGAACAAAUCGAAAUAUAAAAUUUGAUGCCUUACACUGGGGAGGGGAACAAUUUAUGCAUACUUAUAUAUGUUACAAAAAAUCUGUCUUAUGAUGGGUAAACUUGUUGGCUAAGAUCCAUCUCCAAUCUUGGGGGGGGGGGGGGGGGGAGGGGCGAGAAGCGUGCACAUUUCAAUUGGUUGUUUUACUUCGUCUUCCCCUUUCUUAUUCACAAUACCUUCAAUUUUAGGCAGCAAGUUUAAUUAUUUUUUUCUUUUAUUUUGUUUUUCUCUCAGCAAAAAUUGCCGGUAUGUGAUAGUUGGGUAGUGUAUAUAGUAACUCUCGUUAUUCUAACAUCAGCCUCCAAUUGCUACACCUGGAUAUUCUUUCAAUUGCGAGUUCUAUCAUUUUUUAUAGAAUUUUUUCCCCCUGUCGAUGGGCCUUCACUCUACCCUUCUUUAUUUAGGGCCUUUAUUUUAUCAUGUUGCUCUCUGUUUGUUUCUUUCCGGCAUUUUGAUCUUUACCAAUCAUAUGAGUGUGCCUUGUUCGAAGGGGAGCUUCACUUUAUUUUUGUUUCCCCAAUUCGAGACAUUCUAACAAGUGGCAGUUUUUCUUUGUGUUUAUUAAAAUGCGAAUACACAGAAAACUCUUA